UUUGUUGUUAGUAAAAUGCAAAUUCUUAAUUUACCAGCUGAAUUGUUGUUGGACAUCAUACAAUCAGUUCCCAGUGUUCGCGAUAAAUGUCAGCUUUUACAAACUUGUACAGCCAUGCGUAAUUUUUUCAGUACUCAUGUAAGAUGCUGGAGUCGUCUUGAUCUUUCCUCUUACGCCACACUCAGUAAUAGUAUUUUACUCCGAUUUUUGAAGGAAAACCGUAUCAAUUUGAUUACGAGUACGGGUACAGCGGUGCAUGGUAUCUCAGAGCUUGAUCUUAGUGGAUGCUGGUGCCUAUCUCAAGAGAUGGUGAUGGCUCUCACUAAAUCAUUUUCUAGUCUAGAUGGAUUGUUUUUAAAUGGAUACAGACUAAAAGGAAGUAAUAAGCUUGCUUUUGAGCAUCAACGCGACCAUGUCUAUCAAGUACGACCUUCUCAUGACUUAUCAUCGAUGGCGAUGGAUCUGUCAAAGAAAUCAACAAAUCGACUCAAGGUACCAUCUUUUCUGAUAUCGUCGAUCCUAGCUCAGGUACCUAGCAUCACUGCAUUAUCUAUGCAGUACCAGGAUAUAUCACCGUCUUCUUUUACAGAAUUCAAUAACUUGCAGUACUUGGAUAUUUCAUCAUGUGCAGUGAGUGCAGCUAGCCUUCAGAGUCUGUUAAGAAAAAAUCGAUUGGUCAGUCUCAAGAUGUUGAAUAUCGAAUUGACAGACAUGACGUGGCUGUGUAUAGCCCAAUUUUGUAAAAAGCUGAAAUGUCUUCAUGUGUCAUGUCAUGAUGUUGGGCGUCAUUUUCCUUGUAUACGACAAGCUUUGAGUAAUCUAAAGGAGCUGCAAGAUUUCCGAAUGACGCGUGUGGCUGCGGGUAGGAUGGAUGGAGUAAUUACAGAAUUGAUGGAUGGAAUAAGACGACUGGAUGUAUCGCCCAAGAUGAAUAUCUAUCCUAAAGGAGGGGGUAACGGAGGGAAACAUCCAGUGAAGCGUUCUAUAUCGUCUUAUGCUACUACAGAACACGAUUUACUUGCAACUGACGUUUCUCUGCAUCAUUUAUCAAAAUGUCACCAUUUAGUUGAACUCCGCCUAUGUUUUCCAACAAUUUCAUCAGAUGGGCUGCAUGCAUUGUUUCGGUCUAUUCCGCAAUUGGAAGUUUUUGAAUUAAGACAGCACAAGGAGGAAGGGGGAGGGAGAGAUUAUUUAAAAGGAUUAGGCAAUUUGAUCAAUUUAAAUCGAAUUUAUCUUUAUUCUGUCUCUAUCUCCAGCGAUGCCAUGGAUACAUUCCCAUGGUUACCUCGAUUACGUCAUCUGACUACCACUCAUGGUGGUCAGUGGGUGAAUGAACAGCGUCUCAUGAAAGAAUGUAGACGAUUAGAAUCAUUAGAGAUAGGGUCUACAGCCAAUACCAUUUCAUUUUUGAAAAGGGAUCAUCAUUGGCUAACAAUUAAAUAAAAACACCCGCGUCUUUUUUGUGUGCCUGA